AAUUGUUAUAAUCUGUGUGGUAAAUUCACUAGCUUCCUUUUUAAAUGCAACUAAUAUUCCUGAACGAAAUGAAACGAAUAUAUUUCUGACAAUAAAUUCCCAAAUAUCUGAUUUGAGAGCGAAGCAGGAACAUCACGAUAAGUUGAUUGAUGGACUAUUAAAGGCAAUGGAUGUUCAAAUACUUAAAGCUGAACAGGAACGACAGGGGAAAUUAAUAGAAGGACUUGUUAAGGACUUACAACUGAAGACAACUGAUAUUCAAAGUCUGAAAGCGGAACUGGAACAACUGAAGAAAGACGGACUCGAUAGAGCAGAGCUUCUUAGAGCAGAGCUGGAACAACAGAAGAAAGAUGAAGAAUUAAGCACUCACUUUCUUACAGUGAUUCUAAGAGACAACAAAAAAGAUCGACUGAAUAAAGAAGCAGGUUUCAAGGCGGAACUGGAGCGUCUGCGAAAUAUGUUAGGUGAACUUAAUAAACAAUUUAAUAAUCAAUCUCUUAGAGUGGAGCAGAAAGAACAUGGAACAGAUAACGACAAUUUAAAGUCCCACCCAGUGAAUUGCACCGACGCCAAAUUCAAUGGAAUCAAUGAAAUACUCAUCCCCAAUUUUAGUAGUCAACCGUUUAAAGUUGCCUGCGAUGCAGAGACUCAAGGAGGAAGGUGGACAGUUAUCCUAAAGCGGAUUGAUGGAAGUGUGGACUUCUAUCAGGACUGGGCUGCUUACAAAGACGGAUUCGGAGAUCUGAAUGGCGAGUUCUUCUUAGGUUUGGAUAAAAUACACACAUUGACGACAGAAAGGACACAGGAAUUACUUGUAGUCCUCGAGGAUUUCAAAGGAAAUGAAACGUAUGAGUUGUAUGAGGAAUUUGGAAUCGGUAAUGAGACUCAACAAUAUGUCCUACACACUUUGGGCAAAGCCAGUGGAACAGCGGGUGAUUCACUCUCAUAUCAUCGAGGCAUGAAAUUUACAACAUUUGACCGUGAUAACGAUCUUAGCACACGGAACUGUGCCAUAUUCCGAACUGGCGCCUGGUGGUACAAAGCUUGUCACAAAUGCAAUUUGACAGGAUAUUAUAAUGACACCGGUUUCGGAAUGGGCAUUAUUUGGGAGCAUUUUCGGGGUCAAUCUUACUCGCUUAAAAAAGUUGUCAUGAUGAUACGGCCAAAAAAGGAUAAGCUAUAAACUUAACAAUUUUAACAGCAGUAACAGCAGAAUUUAUUCGUUUAUAUAUUU